AUGUCCAACACCACCACCAUCGCCGAGUCACAGAUCGCCCUUCAGCCCAUCGUCGUCGGGGCCGAGGCCAGAGACGACCCUCUAGUUCUAGGGCGAAAUGGGAGCAGCGGCCCCGGUAACAGCCUGGCGUCGGGCGAGGAAGAAGGAAGACGGCACGAGUCCUCCCUGCCGCCCGUCGACUCGGGCAAGGACGCCUAUCUUUUCUUGGCCGCAUGCUUCAUGGUCGAGGCCCUCGUCUGGGGCUUCCCCUUCUCCUUUGGCGUCUUCCAGGACUACUAUAGCGAACACGAGCCCUUCAAGGGACAGCCCAACAUCGCCCUCGUCGGCACGUGCGCCAUGGUCCUGUAA